CCGGGCCCUGCCCCCGCCGCAGGCCACCCGCGGGCGGCGGCAGAGUGUUGCCGGGUAACGGCGGCAGCAUGGCGGUCCCCGGCCCAGCUGCGGCCCCGGUGACGGGAGGGCCAGGACGGCCGGAGGAGGCACCCGGUAGCGCGGCAGGAGGGAGGCGGCAGCCUCCCCUCUCUGCCCUCUCCGCCUUCAGCCACGUUCCGGCCAGGCGGGAAGGGCCUGCGGAGCUCAGUUACUUCCACCGGCCGGCCAAGACAGGAGAUGUUUCCACAUAUGAUGCCAUUUUUAAAAGACCAGAGGGCUACAACAAAAAUCUUCACCGGUGUGACAGACAACAUGCGAAGAGUCAUGGUCUUAACAUUAAUGAGGAGGAAAUGGCAAGACCUGUUGCUGUUUUGUCAUCUUCAGAGCAUGGGAGACGCAUAAAUAAGCCCAUAGAGCAGCCAAUCAGAGAUCACACAAGGAUUAAUCAUGUGCAGGCAGAAUUCUACAGGAAAAAUGGCAUCACCUGCUUAUUGGAGAAACCUCCUCCAAGCCUGGAUCCAUGCUAAAUCUCUUGUAUCUGUCAUUGCCAGAAACAUUUAUGUGGAAAAAAAGACACUUUGCAUCAAAAAGCAAUGUGGUGCUUUUUCCUUUACAUUUUAGUUAAUGAGAAUGAUUUGGAUUAAAAAUAGGAUGAAAUAGCAGCUGUACUUUUCCUCAUGCUGAUUCAAAUGCAUGUCUUCUCCGUACAGUCUUGUAAAAAUCUUACAAAGAGCAGCAUCAGCAGGAGCUGAACAUUUUAUGCAGCAACAUUGGAAGUGAAACCUGUUGGGUCAACAGCUGUCUCUGUGCAACUUCAGGCAGAGCUUGUACGUAAUUAUUCACAGACUUAACAUUUAAGCAAGUCUGCUCCUCAAGGUAUCAGUGGUCAUUGACUUCUUAAUCCUUACAGUGUUACUACAGAAUUGCAAGGUGUCAUUUUAUCUGCACAAUGGCUGCAACAGGGUUUCAACCUAGAUUUUCCAAAAUGGAUGGGCUUACCCAUAAAUGGGAAGAAACGAAAUUAUCUGACUUCCAGAAGAGCUUUAGCAGUUUCAGUAGACUUCAAGUGGAAGUCAAGUUAAAGGGAACUUCUGAGGACUUAGCAUUUAAAUAGACAAAAUCUGGGCUUAGCUGAUUGCAGACAUCCAUUUAUCUAACUUUCACUAUACAAAUGGUGUCUGAGGGAUUAAUCUGUUCAAGAGUGUCACAGGAAUCUUUAGUUCUCUAUCCAAUGCUGAAAAAAGUAAACAACAACAAAAAAGUAAUACUAGCAGAACAAGCACUAAAUAGUUUGGUAGAAAGAAUGGGAAAAAAAAGGAUUUGAGCAGUAGUCAUUUAAAAAGCCUGUUUAGAGUAAUUGUCUAAACCUGCUUAAACAUUUAGUGCCUUGUAUUCUGACUGAAUCCAGUACUAAAGUUUUAAGGUCAUUGCAGGAGAAGGAAUACCUCCUGCAGGGUAUGCACCAGUUUGAUUCUCAAGAGCCAUUGAUCUUGUUGUUUAAAUCACAGGCAGUAUUGUUCAAAAAGGAACAGCAGCCAGACUGAACAUACCAGAGCAAGGACUGGAAGUCCACAGCAUUGUCUGACACUGGAGUUCUGUCAGGUACUUACAAAUAGAGAACCUGCAUCACUUGUGAACACAGUGAGUCUCCUCAUAAAAAAUAAUAAAACCAAAGAACUUCUUAAUCUGGGGCCUGGAUAAGGAAUAGCACAAGUGCAAUCAAUAGCACUUGUUUGGCCUGAUGUGAGAAGCAGAGCACAAUUCUGAGAGGUGUUUGUUACUUUCAUUAUUCAUGACCUGCCAGUUCCUCUGUAUUGAAUGAGCUAGGGACAAGAAGGCAGUAACUGCUACAUUCCAUUUCAAUAAUAAAUACUUUGUUAAACAAAUCCAACAGCAUUAAAGAAUUAAGCAUUUAAGUAAUCACAGGAAGAACAAAGCGCGAAGGAGAUGAUGUUUUCUAACAAUACCAGAAUGCUUUUUUAAAAACCAGUAUUAAAUGUAUACCAGCGAAGAAUGAGGUAGAAUAUGGCCAUAUUCUAGGCAGGUUAUUUUUAGUUUGGGACAGUCAGUACAAAUUACUUCUUUCUAGUCUUACUACGUUUAGCGUUUGAAAAACUACUGGAAAUCAGAUUUGUUUGAGAACACCACCACCUUCUGGCCUGUGUGAGAAACAGGCAUCACCAGCUCACUUGCACCGCGGAGCAUCAUAAAUCAUCAAAACACCAGUAUAAGUUUUCCUAUCUCAUUUCUUUGCUUAUGUCGCCCCCCUUCUCUUUCAGUCCUUUCUCAUCCCUCCUCACUUUGAAGGCUUUUCACAGGUUGGUCCUCCCACUUGUUUCUCAUUCAGGUCUGAGUGGUUGACUUUUUCCUUCAGUGCUCACUUUCAAAAGAAUACCUUGAGGAUUUCUUCUAUCAGGGAGAAGUUCCUUAUAUAUGUCUGCAAAGACAUUUCAGUCGUCCUUCAACGUCUCUUUUGCCAGGAUGACAACUGUUAGGUUACCUAUGUGUUGUAAGCUUCCUGUUACACUGUUGGAAAGUACCUCAUUACCUCUUGGUGCUCCCUCACCUGUCAGUGAGUACAGUGCCAUAUUACUGUGAGUAAGGGUUUUCACACAUGCAACAAAUUAACACUAACAGAAUGCAUGGUAUGGUGCAAUGUAAAUAAUAUUUUGGAUCUGGAUUUUGUAUCCAAAAAUCUCCAGGGAUUGCUGGGACAAUUGACAGACAUCUGCAACUUACAAAUUAUUAACAGUAGCCUUGGAGGAGAAAAAAUAGCCAUGCUUUGUAUCCACUGGUGAAAUAUACCGACUUCAAGGAUGUAAAGUUUCACCUUUUUUUUUAAUCAAAUCAUAACAGUUAAAAUCAAACUAGGUGAUGCUGGGAAUUCUGCUUUUCUACUCAUAAAUAAUAAUUCCACACAGGACAGGAAGCACAAGCUAACGUGAAAAUGUGUGUUACAUGCCCAUUCAUCAAGUAUACAUUAUGUGAUUGGAAUUAAGGCUAUGUUAUUUUCCUUUUGUCCAUUUGUAAAGCAACACGCUGACCCAAGUUGGGGUCACCUGUUCUAGCUGAAGUGGUUACUGGUUUCAGUUCUCAGUUCUACCCUUCUGCCAGAAUUUAUACCCAUACAUAAAAAAAGAUGUCAGAAGAACUAUGUCCUAUGCACUUUAGAGCGUAAUGAGUUUCAGUUUAGGCUUCAACAACAGGCAGUAAACUGAAGGAGCUCUAGAGUGCAUACAUUUAGACACUUUACCUAAAACUGCCUCCAAACACAAAAUUACAUAUAGCACAUACCCAAACAUCAGGUGGCUCCCACACAGAUAGCUGUGCAAGUCCACUACCCUGUGGCAGCUGUUCUUCUACAAAGUAAAGCAAAUCUUUUUAAUAAAAAAUCUCUCAUUUUCUGUAAGGCAUUGCUGUUUAUUGAAUAGCACUGUUAAGUAUGAGCAAUAAGCCAAUACUGCUUAUGCAACUACUGUAAAGUUUAGUUUGCUACAUGAACAGCUACAAGUAAAUUGGACAAUUUCUUCUUAUACUGUCAAGAGAAGCCCUGAUUGGUAGGUAGCAUGGCACAUUCUGUACAUUCAGACC